UUCACUCCGUUUUUCCCCUUUGUCUGAUCAAAGGAGAUAUAAAAACGUAGCGCCUUCUAACAACUCGAGCCUGCUGUUUUCACGCACAGCGAAAUGCCUUCGGCACAGCUGGGGACAAUCGCAGAGGCAAGGAUUUUCGCAAUGAAUUAAUUAAACCCUCACUACCCUAGGAAGCACAAAUAGUGACGAAGCCUGAUCGCUAAGCUUCAGGGUGCGAUGUGAGUGAAAAUGAGCCCUUGCCUCUGCUCUUUCUAAUGGACCUGAAGAACAGACCCUGUUGCUGCUGUUAGAAUCCCUUCCCCAUCUCACGUUCCACCUCCUUUGCUCUCACAUCCACCUGCGCGCAAAUAUUUACACAUUGCCACAUCAGAGAAAUGCACACACAUUUUCCUGCAAACACUCGCGCGCACGUCCUUCCGCGGCUGCCUGUGUCCUGUCUCUCACCCAGACACAGACAUCUAUACACGUAGGCCAGAAAAAGCGCAACCCACGGUCCUGUGACUCCACGCAGGUCCUCAGAACACGCCGUUUACAUUGAACCGAUCCGCGAGCACAGACAAACCUACCAACAAGUCUACUGGCUGGAAUUCAUCUCCAUGGCAACAAACAUGGAAGGCGGAGAACUGACUCCUGCAGGAACUCCCAAGAGCCACCACGAUGCACCAGUGAACGAUGAGUAGCACCUACUGCAGCAAUUCUUCAGCUAAGAUGAGUGUCAACGAAGUCUCUGCAUUCUCCCUGACGCUGGAGCAAAAGACUGGCUUUGCCUUUGUGGGCAUCCUGUGCAUUUUCCUGGGGCUCCUUAUCAUCAGAUGCUUCAAGAUUCUCUUAGACCCAUAUAGCAGCAUGCCCUCUUCUACGUGGGAAGACGAAGUCGAAGAGUUUGAUAAAGGGACCUUUGAGUAUGCGCUUGCCUGAUGGUGGUUCCAGCUUCAAGCCUUUUCCAGUUGCCACUGGGACACAUGUGAGACACAUUUUGUAAUUAGCCUGACUGUGCUGCUGCAGAGAGGAUCAUUUCAUUCACAAAAUUCAAUAAACAUCUGUGAUUGAUUUAUCCACCA